UGGCGAACGUCAACAAGAUGCGGAGUUGAAUACUAUAGAUUUAAAGCCAGUUUAUGGCUAAAGUGUAAAGUAAGAAGAAAAAGUAACAGCAUGGAGAGGUCAAGGGUUAGUCUACCGACGUUUAUAACUGGAUACCAUGGAUCUGGAAUCAAUUGCUCCAAAGGAUUUCAAGCACUUGUUCGAGGGAUUGGUGAAGCCAAGUCAAAAAAUGAAGAAGACAGGAUCAUUAAAGCAGAAUUCGCUGUUCUGAAAGAGAAACUUAGCCAACAAUCCUCAUCUAAACAGAUGCGCGAGUACCUUAUUCGUCUCAUAUAUUGUGAGAUGCUUGGAAUAGAUGCCUCAGAUCUACACAUCCAUGCUAUAAAUUUUGCUCAACAAAGGAACUUACAUGAUAAAAGAAUAGGAUACCUUGCUUUGUCAAUAUUUUUACAUGAAAAUCACAGCCUUAUACUACUAUUGAUCAACACUCUACAAAGGGAUCUAACAAGUACUAAUGUCCUUGAAGUGUGUUAUGCCUUAACUGCCAUCAACAAGCUGAUCAAUGCAGAAAUGAUUCCUGCCAUUUUAAAAUAUGUGCUUGACCUUACAAACAACAAACGGGACAUCAUUCGUAAGAAGGCUAUCAUGGCCCUACACACACUGUACCAAAAGAGUCCCUCGAUGAUCCCUGAUGUCCUAGAUAUUGCCACAAAUGGCCUGAAGGAUAAGGACCUCAGUGUAUCAUCAGCAUCUUUGAUCCUACUCUAUGAUCUUGUUGUGGUUGAUCCAGCAUCCCACAAGCAUCUCAUCCCAGUGUUAGUAUCUCUACAACAGAAAAUAAUCAGUGGCAAAUUGCAGCAGGACUUUGACUAUCAUCGAGUACCAGCACCUUGGAUACAGAUCAAAUUACUUCGGAUUCUAUCACUGCUAGGGGCAUAUGAUUUAAAAGCAAGUAAAAAUAUCUAUGAGGUUCUGGGCAAGACUUUAUCAUAUCUAAAUACAAGCAGUUUGAUAGCAUACGCUGUGGCGUAUGAGUGUGCUCGUACUAUUGCUACAAUCUACCCAGAUGAGAGGCUGGUCAAACAAGCUGCCAAGGUCGUUGGGCUUUUCUUGGUUGCCAAGAGCAACAAUAUUAAAUAUCUAGGUAUAAAUGCUUUAGCUGCAUUGGUGGAAGUCAAAGCCAGCUUCGCAACAGAGCCGGCGUAUCAACGAAUAAUUAUCGAUUGCCUCGACGAUCCCGACGAGACUCUUAAACGGAAGACUUUAGACCUUCUUUGUCGCAUUACUAAUGCUGAUAACGUGGAGUCAAUCUGUGAUAGGCUGAUCAAGUACCUUAGAAACACUGUGGAUGUCUACUUUAAAACAGAUCUGGUUGCUAGGGUAACGGAGCUGGCAGAGAGAUAUGUAUUGGGCGAAUACUCCUAUACAGUACCAGAGUUGGAACCAGAAUCUGUGAUCGACAAACUGUGUUGUUUACUGGACAGGAAUUACACAGAUCCCAGUACCAAGCGAUGGAUAGUAACAUCCAUAGGCAAGAUCCUGUCUCAGACAAGCAGUAGUCAAAUGCCAAACAAAAUACAACAGAUUUUAACAUCAGCCACUUCAGAUAUCGACAUAUUACAGCGAUGCCAUGAAAUCGAAAUGUUGUCCAAAAAUUCGAGCCUCAUGCGGAAAGUGUUACCAGAAGAUGCGAGCUGUGAAGACAUAGAGGUUGACUCGUCACUGUCGUUCCUGGAUGAUUACGUUACCAAGGCGUUACAACAGGGAGCCUCUCCUUACUUACCCGAGGAUCAACGAGGAAACGAUGAGACGACAAUAAAAAUGAAAGAAAUCAAAGCUGAAGAUCCAAAGCUCAAGCUCACCCCUUACAAUUUCCCCAAACCCCCUAUCAAAGAACCACGCCCAAGACCUGUCACCAUCGAAAUAGACGAACCAAAACCCAAACCAAAUACUGCAACUUACACUAAGAGAAGAGUCCUGGAAGAACCAACUACUUUGAAGGCCAUAUCUGGUGUACAGGGACCUUGGGGGCCUAAAGGGUACUCUAAGGGACUAGGGUCAGGGUCAGGGGAAUCAGAGAGCAUGUCGGGAUCAUCGUCCAGGAGCUCUGGGUCCGAGCGGUUGCCAGUACUAACGAGUAAAUCCGAGAUUUCUCCAAGCCCGCUUGUCUUUACACAUGAAGACAAAAGCAAGCAACGCCUGGUUAAUGAUCUCUUCAAAGGAGUUGGAGACAAGGCUCAAGUCCCCGGUAGAAAAGGUACUGCCGCCCGCGGGACUGGUCGGGCAACUCGCUCGACCCCUCGCAAAAAAAUCCCCGAUAUAUCCGAUCCUGGCCACCCCCCUGUACCUCCACCACGAAAAUAUUUAGAAAAAAACACGAUGGCAACAAAUGAAGUCGAUCUGCUGUUAAGCCUGGACAAUGAUUCCCAGUCUCCUCGGACAGACACGAACGAGUCUGUUUCAGAGGGACUGGUUACCACUGGAGAUAAUUUCAAUGAACUUUUAUACGAUUCAGAAAACACGGCAACUGUGAUUCCUCUAAUGACUGAACGAACUGAUAAAGACAUUUGUAAGGAGAGCAGUAGUGAUGCUUUACCGCCGGGUAAUGAUAUUUUGAAAGUAGAGUUGGUUACUGAUGAUGGUAACCCGGAAAAGGGUGAAGUCCAUGAAGACUUGCCGGAUAUGAAGGAACAAGAGGAUUCAAGAGAGCUGUUGAUAGAGCAUCAAAGUGCUUUAGACCUAGGACCAAAAUCGUCCGACAUGAAUCCGAUAGAAUCUUUAAUUGAUUCUGAUAUAUCUGAGGACGUCAAUCGACUUGCAUUGAAUGAAGAAAGUGUAUCUGCCCUCACGGUGCCCGACGAACUGAAAGACUAUCCCACAUCACGUGACAAGAUAGAUCUCUCUUCGGAUGCCAACAUAAGGGUAACACUACAAAAAGUUUACAAACCGGAUGAACUUGUUUUGGUUGUUUUUCUGACCAAUCAGAGUAAAGGAAACCUUCCUGUGACAAACGUCGUGACGUCGCUAAACCCGCCGUCAAAUCUACGAGCAUCAUUCGAUUCGUCGAGUGAUAAUCGAUUCGUCGACGAAGAAAUUAAGCCGUUGUCGUCGGUUACCCACGUGUUGGCCUUACAGUACAAAUCACCAGCCCUACACAUGACACUAGGCGGCAAAGUAACGUACAAAGAUUCCACCAACACUCUCAARACCAUGUUCAUCAGCCAUGUUCUACCCAUCCGGGACCUUAUGCGUCCGCUGACCAUCGAUACUGACGGCUUUGGCGAUAAAUGGAGUGAGACACCGUUUGAGAAAAGACAAAAGGUUGAUUCUAUGGUCAAGAGUUGUGAGGAGUUUCUAGGCCGAGUUGAGGAAGGCCUGGGUUUGAAUGCAAUUGAUACCAUUGGCUCAAAAGCCAUAGCCGCUGGCACCGUUCUCCAAGGCCCUGUCUGUCUACUACAUGGAAUGGUUAACAGCAAUGGGGCUCUGGAUCUUCGGAUUAAAACUAAUAGUCAACUUCUCAGUGAAGCUGUGAUACAGCAAUGCCUCGCUAUUUUGAAAUAAUGCUAUGGUUCUUAUUGCUAUCUCUCUCCAGUGAAGAAUCUCUAAUACAUCUAUGGAAUAGAGUUUUAAACAAAUAAAUAUUAUUAAUUUAUUA